AUGAAACCAAACUCUAAAAUCGUUUUGGUUUUAUGCUAUUUACUCGGCUACGCCACCCACGCCUACUCGCUGGCCGAGGUCGAGCAGAAGACCCUGGAGUUCAGGAAGGAGAUGACCACCCCGAUCCCCAUCGCGGAGGACGCGUCAGAAUUCGAGAAAUUUCGGGCUAGGGCUUACGAAACAGCUAUGAAAGUUCCUGUUAAAUCAAUAGAGCUUUACUUGGAUCUUAGGGGCGGAAUUGAAGAUCAUGUUUUGGGCAUGGAAAAACUGUUGCCAGACUUAGAUCCGCAGGAGCGGCGUGUCUUUACCCUUGUUCUUGAUCUUAAUGAGACCCUCGUAUAUUCUGAUUGGGAGCCUGAGAUAGGCUUGAAGACAUUCAAGAGACCAGGAGUUGAUGCUUUUUUGCAACGUAUGUCAACCCUGUAUGAAGUUGUUGUAUAUUCUGAUCAACUGCAGAAGGAUGUGGAGGAUGUGGUUAAAAGGAUCGACCAAACAGGACGUAUACACAAAUUAUCAAGGCCUGCAACUAAGUACCGGAAGGGUAUACACUUUCGGGAUCUGUCAAGGUUGAACAGAAAUCCUGCACGAGUUCUGUACAUAAGUGCGCAUGCUCUUGAAUCUUGCCUGCAACCUGAAAAUUGUCUGGAUAUCAAACCAUGGAAACUUGAAACUAAUGACACUGAACUGCGGGAUCUGAGUCCAUUUCUUGAGUCUCUUGAUGUUGUAAGGCCUGCUGAUCUUCGUGAAGUGGUUGCUUCUUAUCAAGGGAAGGAUGUUGUUAAAGAGUUCUAUGAGCGAUGCAAACAAGAGCAGAAGCAGCAGCAGCAGAAGAAACGUGAGAGCAAGUGGUGGCGGAUAUUUCCCUGA